AUGACUCCUUCCCCAAGGGAGCGUGUACCUCGAGCCUGCGAGCAUUGCCGUUCGCGAAAAAUUAAGUGCAACGGCGAACAACCAUGCAACGCCUGCGCCCGAAAUCCUCAAAGAUGCGUCUAUCGGACGGGCAGCAUACGUAACAGAAAAAGUCGCCAAACCAAAGAACAGCCACGGACCCCAGCAACGUUAUUACCGGCUCCACAGUCCCCAGCAGUGCCUGGAGAUUGUCCGAAUAUCCGCCUCGUCGACGAUCCGGCCCACUACAAGCGGCAGUACGAGCUGAGGGCCGGCAUUGGAGUCUCCAAUCCCGAGACAGGAAAUUUCCAAUUCUACGGCCCGUCGUCUGGAUGCGCCUUCCUGCAAAGAAUCUAUCAACGAAUUCAAAAACCGCCCUCUCGGGAAUCACUACUCACCUAUCGCACGGGGCCGGUCCCGGAUGGCUUACUGAAAUGGGGUGUGGAGAGGUUCAUGUUCACGGCUGAUGCCGAUGGCGACCUGCGCCGGUCACGGUUGGCGGCGGAGGCAUUCCUCCCUCAAGCUCUAGGCGAUGUAUUUAUUGAAGCAUACUUUAGAAUCGUCCACCCGCAGAUGCCGGUGCUUGUGUAUACGGAGAUUAUUGAUUCGUGGAAGCAGAUGUGGGAAACUCCGAUACGAGGUCGGCCGGUGAAGAACCAAGAAAUCCUAUUCAUGGUCUUGGCCAUAGGGGCUCGUGUGAUCAGACUGAAGAAAAGUGAGCAAGAAAACCGAGCGGAUGAAUGGGCCGAAUACUUUUCGAGUCGAGUAUCCGAAGGCUCUAUCUUCAUGCAGGAGCCAAGUGUCAAGGCGGUGAAUUUGAUGUUAUUGAAGGCCAUGUACUCCUUGCAACUCAUGCGGCAGAACGAUGCGUAUUUGUACCUGGGACAUGCUACUCGAACUGCCAUGGUCCUAGGUCUCCAUAGAUCCCAAGUGACUGGCGGUCGCGAACCACAUUUGCACCGACUACGUCAUACCUUUUGGAUUAUGUAUGUUUUCGAGCGGUUAUCGUCUGUGUAUAUGGGCCGACCUUCCUCGUUGUCCGACAACCAGAUUGAUACCGUAUAUCCCGAAGAUAUCCCAUGCUACCAGGAUGGGCCUUUCCACCCGCCAGCAGUUGAAUGCACGUGGACAAGGGUUAUGGCCGACAUUGCCAAAUUGGCCGACCACAUCUCCGUGGACGUUUACUCUCCGGCUAGUAUCAAAAGUCUUGUAGACAUGGCCAAGGUGGAACAGACUCUUCUGGAAUACGAUGCAGCCUUACAAGCUACCACCCGAUGUCUGCCAGAGUACUUGCAUUUUUUCGACGAGUCCGUACCCGUCGGCGAGGACUGGCAAGAAAUUCAGCGUCUGAGCCUGGGAUUCGCCUACAAUAUUGUGCGGAUGCUUCUAUACCGACCGGCCCUGGUUUUAACGACCUUCUUCACAUCCACGAGCGAAGCGCAGCGAAUCGCUGCAGGUUGUAUUCGUCUGCAAGAAUGCAUCGACAACUCGACGGCGGCAGCACGCAAUUUGAUCACUUUGGCUCACGACGUCUAUUUUCGGCGGUUUCCCGAUAUCCGGUACGACGGGGCGCUGGCUUCAUACAUGGUCUCCGCCAUCAUGACAUUACUGUACGACGUACUGAACCUGGGAACAGAACCAGAAAAGGCACAUGAAACAUUCGCUGUGGUGGAGCAGGGCAUCAGAUGCUUAGAUGACAUUGAACAUACUGGAUACACCGUUGGAAAAGUUCUCAGUAUGGACUUGAUGAAGGUGGCUAAACAGGCAGUGUUGGCAGCGGAUCCAGUGGUAGACACGAAUCAAGUUUUAGUCGAUUCGUUCCCUUGGUUAGAUAAUCUCAAUACCACCACUACGAUAGACACCAACCCUGUUCCGACACCGUAUAUGUAUCCUCAACAUGGGGUUUUCCCUAUGCUUGGAACCCUGGCUUCAGAUGUUGCUAUGCUGUCGGGCUCUCAAGUUAAUUGCCAAUGGCUUAGCAAUGGGCUCGACCCAAGCAGCAUCCCGGGAUGCUUGCACUGA